CUCUCUCAGAUCUGAAAGAAGCAGAAAAAUGGUGAGAGUCAGCGUUCUGAACGAUGCUCUGAAGAGCAUGUACAACGCCGAGAAGAGAGGCAAGAGACAGGUCAUGAUCAGGCCUUCUUCUAAGGUCAUCAUCAAGUUCCUCAUCGUCAUGCAGAAGCAUGGUUAUAUUGGUGAGUUUGAGUAUGUUGAUGACCACAGAUCUGGAAAGAUUGUGGUUGAACUCAAUGGGAGGCUGAACAAGUGUGGGGUUAUCAGUCCUCGCUUUGAUGUUGGUGUCAAGGAGAUUGAAGGCUGGACUGCUAGGCUUCUUCCCUCAAGACAGUUUGGAUACAUUGUGUUGACAACAUCUGCUGGAAUCAUGGAUCACGAGGAAGCUAGGAGAAAGAAUGUUGGAGGCAAGGUUCUCGGUUUCUUUUAUUGAGUAGAGUAUCAAACAGAUAAUUGUUAUGUUAAAAUUUUAGUUUCGUAAUGCUGGUAUGUAUGAUUUCAUAGAUUUAAUGUUGGUGUCGAGAGUUUAUUGUACUGGGAUAUGACUUCUUUGUUUAGCUUGGAUUGUCCUUCAUGUUAUUGCAACUUUGAUAUUGAUGUUAUUUUGUAUUCAUCAUCAGUAGUCUCUGUUCUGGAUGGAUAUAAAAUAAAUGAAAAAGCUCCUUUUGGAA